UAUUUCAAUUGAAAAGAAUUUGUGGAAAAUAAUUCAAAUUGUAUAAUAGACACCUAAUGAAAGAGCAAACAGAAUCAGGUUACUAUAAAUGCAUCACUAUUGAAGUUCGAUCCUGGCAGGUGCACCUUUUACCUGUCAAGCUAGCUUUUCCACAGCUCGGUGGAGUCACUCCGAAGCAGUUCUACCGGUUGCACCUGCCAUCUGACAAGGGAUGGGCUGGCCUCAACCACCACAGGCGCAGAAUAAAGAAGGAAGUGUGUGUGGAUGCAGUCCGACCGGUUCUGUCUUCCUCCACACUCUCCUGGCGUGGACGGAGAGAAACAUCAGGGGACUGGAUGUAUUUUUCCCUCUCUCCGGGGGUCUUCUAAUGUCGAGCAGCGUCACAUCGACGCCGCAGGAUGGGGUCGGACGACACCUACAAUUUUGUCUUUAAAGUGGUUUUGAUAGGGGAGUCCGGCGUGGGUAAGAGCAACCUGCUGACACGUUUCACCAAAAAUGAGUUCAACCACGACAGCCGUACCACCAUCGGUGUGGAGUUUAGCACGCGGACCGUCCAGCUGGAGAACUCCACCAUCAAGAUGCAAGUGUGGGACACUGCCGGCCUGGAGCGCUACCGGGCCAUUACCUCAGCCUACUACCGCGGAGCGGUGGGCGCCCUGCUGGUGUUCGACAUCAGCAAGCACCUGACCUAUGAGAGCGCCGAGCGCUGGCUCAAAGAGCUGUACGAGCACGCCGACCCCCACAUCGUGGUCAUGCUGGUGGGCAACAAGAGUGACCUGGUGGACCUCCGCACCGUGCCCGCAGAAGAAGCCAGAGCCUUUGCAGAGAGCAAAGGUCUGAUGUACAUGGAGACGUCGGCACUGGACUCGACCAACGUGGAGGCGGCUUUCAUCGACGUUUUGACGGCUAUCCAUCGCAAAGUGGCCAGCAGAGAGGUGACCCGGGGCUCCAUCAGCGCUGUGACAUUAUCGGGAACGAUCGGAGACAGCAGCGUGGCCCAGGAGGAGCGAAAGCGAUGCUGCAGCAAUUCGUAAAAAAAAAAAACACUGCAACCUGGAGAAAAUCAUUGCAAUGAAAUUGAGUUGUUUUGGGCAGAGGAUAAAGAAUAUAUGCAUUGGGGCAUUGUUGUAUGCUCUGUCUGCAUGUGUUGCUACGCCUCGUGUUCAAAUUGAAGUUGUUUGAGGGUUUAUAAUUGCAGCGGCCUCAAUGCUAGUUUUGUUAGCCCACUUAUAGCCUUUUACAUUGAGUCCGAGCAUGAAGCUAAUGUUAGUGUGUGUGUGUUGUUUUUUUUUUUUUAAACUUGUCUGCCAAGCUGCUGCUUGUUUUAAAGUUUGCUGUAAACAUAGCUCGCACUAACUCAACGCAACUGCUAGUACCUUUAAAACGCGUAAUUCGAGUUACCACUGCAAUGCAGUUUAUAAAAUGCAUCGUUUUUAAAGUAAUGGGCACGUUGUUGUUUUUAAAAAAGCACAGACAAGAAUUUGGAAUAAAUUAUUUCAAUACAGACCGAGAUUUUUUUUCCUCUUUUCUGAAAAGCGGCAUGGAAAAUGAAUGAAUGAAUGUCUUCUAUUCAAUCGUUUUCUUGAUGACGUUUUUGCUUUGUUUUUAAUUGUUCCUGUAAUAUAUUGAUAUUGAUCAUGAUUGUUUCCUGAAAUUUGUUCCUGUAAAUUUAUAGCCUUUCCUGCAGCAUUUGGAAAAAAAAAAUUGACAAGUCUCUCAUAAAUUGACUUGUCAAUUUUGAGUUGUCAAUCAAUGUAGACAGCUGUUUUGUUUGUUUAAACUAGCAUGUAGUGCUGCAACGAUUAAUCGAUUAACUUGAGUAUUCGAUUAGAAAAAAAGAUUCGAAUUACAUUUUGCUGUUUCGAGUAUUCGUUUAAUUAAAGUGGCGUUUUAAUGGUGUAUUUUGAAAGUG